CACAGAUGAGAGUCGGAAAAAAUGUGGCAACACUGGGAUGGAAUGACAGAAAAUAUAAACAACAACAUUCGCGGAAGCCUCAACGAUUUUUUGGUGACGCAGGUGAUUUUCAACCAUAUACGCCAUGAAUUGGCAACGCCCAAAAGUGUGCCGAAUAUGUCGUGCCCCGGACAACGACGACCUGAUUUCGGUUCGAUUGAUCCAGGACAACAUUACCAUCGCCCGGAUGGUGGAGGAGCUGACCGGCAUCCAGGUAAUGCUGGACAAGAACCUACCGCAGAACAUUUGCCUCCGGUGCCUGGAACGGCUCCGGAAUGCCCACCAGCUUCGCCAGCAGUGCAUCGAGUCGGAUCAGCUGCUGAGAGGGGAGCUGUACCCGGAAGGGAGCGUAAGAGAAUUUCCGUGCAAGAGCGGAUCCAAUGAUAUGGUAAAGUUGGAAAUCGAGGCUUUGGAGGAGGAGCUUGAACCGGAAGAAGGUUUGGAAGCAAUGGCUGAGCGAGUGGAUUUGGACAUCAUAGUUGAAGAGGCUGAAGAAGGAUCGCCGGCGGAAGCAGUGGUGGAGCAAGAGGAAAGUAAAUUAACGGCUGCUCAAGAGCUGAUAGACAUUCUGGCUCCAGAGGAGAGCACCGGGAAGAAACACGAGAUGGUGUAUUUGAAUGACCUCGAUGAGAAGGAUUAUGAAGUACUGUUAGAAAGGGAUCAUUACGAUCAUAUCAAGUUUACAGCGGCCAGCUGUUGUGGUUGUUCCGAGCGGUUUGAGAACAGGGAAGAUAUGAAGGGGCAUGAGAUGAAGGCGGCGCUUCACGAAUGCCCAAUAUGUUACGAGCGGUCCUCCAAUUCGGAUGCCAUUUCGUUCCAUCGAAACCGGAUCGGUUCAGAUCGUUACCAUUGUCGCGAAUGCGGCUUAUUGUUGGACAACCGAGAACUAUUGUUUCACCAUCUGGAGACUAUCCACACCAUUGAGAUUAAUGCAGAAGAAUCAAGUCAAGGUUACAAUGAGGAAGAUCUCGACGAAAGUAUGGCAAAGGAUCAUGCUCCUUCGACAACUUUGGCCAAUUUUAGCGAGAACCAGUACCGCCUAUUAGUAACGGAUAAGGAUUACGAUUUGAUUGAAUUCCUCUGGCUUCGAUGCUGUGGUUGCGAGGAGCUAUUCGAACGCAGGGAGGAUUUUGAAGCCCAUUCAAAGGAACGGCACUUCCCAGAUCGAAUAGAACGGGACGAACAGAACCCUUACGAAUGCAGCAUUUGCUUCCAACGCUUUUCCAAGAAGGCAUUGCUGACGUUCCAUCGGAAUAAGCCCAAUAAACGGCGGAUAGUUUGCCGGGUUUGUGAAGGAAUAUUCAAAGGGGGAAGUGCCUGGCAGAAGCAUAUGGGCAAGUGCCAUAAGAUGUUCGUGGAAAAGGCUGAUUUCGAAGAUGGCCAGCCAGUGUCGUCUGUAGUUGAACAAAUGGAAGUCGAUGAAUGCGAUGUGGCAGAGGAGGACUGCAAGAGCGAUGCUUAUAGUAUUGAAGGUAUUGAAUACAUCGAAGAAUCGUUGACCGAUUGUCAGGACGAUCCCAGUGACGACGACGAAGAGCCGAAAUCCAACGACGGUGACGACGACGACGACGAAGAGGAAAGCACUCAUCCCAAGGACAGUAGUAAAUACAUAUCUACCCGUCAGCGGAAGCAAAUGGCCUUGAUCCCUGGGAAUUUCGUACGCGUAGUCGCACAGUACGAUGGAUAUAACAUUGUCGAGAUAAUCAAGGAACGUUGUUGCUCUUGUUUGAAAUUCUUCGAUUCUAUUCAGGAGCUGAACGAACACACCAAAGAGCAUCGAACGAAAUCCUUAGAUGAGGAAUAUCCUCAGAAGAAAAAUUCUAUAAUUUAUGAAUGCGAAUACUGCUUAAAGAAGUUCGAUAUUGCCAUGAUCUUCGUCGUCCAUAAACGUAUUCGCGAGCAGAAGCAAUUCUACCAGUGUCGAUUGUGCGAUUUCGUGAUCGAGUCUGAAUCGCGGCUGAAGAACCACAUGCUCUUCAACGACCAGCACGCGAAGUUCUACAAUCUCAUACGGGAGGAUGUGAGCGAUCGGUACGAUGCCGUUACGUUACCCGGGUUCCGCUGCUGUGGUUGUGGGUCAUAUUUUGAAGACGAAUCGGCACUGGUCGAGCAUUCUAAGCGUGAUCAUCCACGAGACCCAUCGAAAGACAGUGUCAAGCGCAAGCAUGCUUGUUCGAUUUGCGAUAGACGUUUCUCCAAUGUAGGAGAAGUGACCGCCCAUCAACAAAAGCAAAGCUCCAUGGUACGAUACUACUGUAAGCUGUGCGACUUUGAAUCUCCCAGUAACGCGCGAAUGCUCAAACACCUCUACAGCUCGAUCCACAACGAAUCCCUGCCGGCCAUCGAGGUGCAGCAAGUGGAAGUACGGUCUCGUAAGCUGGGCUCCGUUCGGUACUGUUGUUUCGAGGAAUGCGCACUUCCCUUCCACAACUUCUCCCAGCUUCAGGAACACGUCCAGCAACACCACCAGGUCGAGCGGGAAGCAAACGAAGCGAUGGCCGAAGCCGAAAGCGACGAUACUACUGGUGCCGUUGGCCGCCGGUGGCAAUGCGAUUGCUGCGGGCGGGUGUUUCGAACCGGAGCCGUUCUCAAACAGCACCAGUUCGCGCAUCGAGUGCCGAAGAGUUUCGUCUGCGCGGUUUGCGGUGUGGCGAAAUCGAACAAGGCGGCCCUUACGGUGCACGAGAUGAAGCACACCGGAGAGCGGCCGCAUGGUUGUGAGUUGUGCGAUAAGCGCUUCACGUCCAAGACCAUCCUGAACUCGCACAUGAAGUGCCACUUCCCCAAGCAGCACCAGUGCCCGGACUGUGGCGAGAAGUUUGCCCGGGGUGAGAAUCUCAAACGGCACAUCCGCCAUCGCCACUCGGAGGCCACGUUCUGCUGCAGUUACUGUCCGCGGAAGUUGAAAACGCGCGAAGCGCAGAUCCUUCACGAGCGAUCGCACACCGGCGAGAAGCCAUUCGACUGCCGAACGGAUGGCUGCACUAAACGGUAUGCGAGUAUCACCGACCGGAGGCGGCACGAGAUGGCCAGCCACACGGGCGAACGGCCCCAUAAGUGUUCUUUCUGCGCGGCAUCGUUUGUGCGGAAACGGCAGUUAACGAUUCACGAGCGGAAACACACUGGAGAACGGCCGUUUGCGUGUGAACAGUGCGGGAAGGGUUUCAUCGAUGCGCCGCUGCUGAAAAAACAUAUUUGUUCAUAGUAGGUAUCUAUGAGCAAGAGCACGCUGUAAUGCACUAAAUGUAGGUUUGAAUAGGUCGAAUAAAAAAUAUAUAGAAUUACAAA